CUGAAACGUCCUUGAAAUGACGCGCUAGGCGUGAUAAUUUUUGCAGUUGGUCGCGUAUUAUAGGUUUCAUUUCGUUCUUUAAUGUAUCCAAAGUUAUUCAACAUGAAUCUAUUUGCGAGGGAUUUUUUUCGCAUACUUUGAUGCUGUCAGUCAUUCAAAUCAUAUGAAAAGGAAAACUGGUGAAUCUCAACCAGGGAAUUUAGUGUGUACCUGCAAUGAUAAUUCCCACUGCGUAGCGACAUCAUAUUACAGGACAAGCAAAAGACGUAGUCAUAUGGGCAACUGCACUGUUUAUUCUGAUGGGCGUUGUUAUACCGCACGUGCAAUCAAUGUGGAGGCUUUAGGAAGAUAUCUUCGCUCUCAAGUUAAUGCUGGGGCCGAUAGAUCUGUUGCUUCAUCUCCUAAGAUUGGAAUCAACCCUGCAAAGUUACAUAGAUUUAUUCAUGUUAUUUAUGGGUGCCUGGAUUCUCACGAUAAGACGACACUUGCUUGCAAUAGCCAUUUAACCAAACAUGCUGUCCCUCAAGCCAUCGAAUGUUGUAAUUCCAGUAAUAUGUGCAAUGCUAAUCUUUUCCCGAAGUUUAUGCAUCAUGAUACAGACGAAGAUGCCCUGAGGGCUGCUGUUGAACAUUUCGAAAAGAAUAACAUCUGGAGAGAACAACAGCUUGCUAAUGGAAAUUUACGUUUAAAGCCCUACAUUAAUGUUGGGCCUGAUAUGUUGAUUGGUGGCUCAGCCAUUGAAGACAGACCUUACGACAAAUUAAAGAAAAAUGCACUAUGGAAGGAAGAUCUUACCGUGGAAAACCGAGCUCAGUAUCUUUUUCAUGUAGUACUCAUAGUUACUUUCAGCCUCGUGUUCAUCAUACUGUCUCUUGUUCUUGCAUCUGUUUGUUGUGUUUAUAAACGGCGUACUCAACGAAGAAAACAUCAUCUUUCUGCAUUUAAUAGUGAAAGUUCUUCUGUAGUGAAAUUAUCGGAGGUAGGUGCAGUUUGUGACAACAAACCUAUGAAAAGAUGGUCAUAUUAUAAGGACUUGAGGUCUAUGCAUCCUGUGUGUGUUAAAUUUGAAAAGUCUGGCAAGCCGAAGGAUGGUUCAAACCCGCACACAGUGUUAACUGAACUUACACAUAACUUGGAUGGCAGUUUAGUAGAAAAAUCUCGGUCUUCGGUAGGCCCAAUAAGUUCUAGUGGAUUGUUGCACCUGAUUCCACAGACAAUAGGCAAACAAAUAACUUUGGACAGCCUCCUGGGAGCUGGACAUUUUUCACAUGUCUGGAUCGGUACUUGGAAGGGAGAACGCAUUGUUGCAAAAGUUUUUAAACCGAAUGAUCGAUUGUCACGAAAUAUAUGGCGUCGUACUGUUCUGUUACAUCGGUCAAUGUUACUUCGACACCAAGGAAUACAUGGUCUGAUGGCAGUUGACUGGUUGAAUUAUCCUACAGAUAUACAUCUCUCUGCUAUCAAAAGAUAUUCUCCGAACUUUUUUCCAACUACUCCCUCUCCGUGUGCCCUACUUGUUGGGGAAAUAUGUGCAUAUGGCACGUUGAAAGAUUUACUUUCCUAUGGUGAUUGUGCAUUAGAUUCUCUUAACCAGCUGUGGGAUAGCUCAAUUGAUAAGUGCUGUGAUAUGACAUCAAUAUCAGAUGGUUGGCUGUCUAUUAUGAAUGAUCCCGGUGGUAUUCGUCUACGGAUAUUAUUACAAGUUGCAAAUAGUUUGGUUCAAGGAUUAUGCUUUUUACACUCAGAAUUUGCGGGUACUCGAGGGAAACCAGCUCUUGCUCAUCGAGACUUGAAACCAUCAAAUAUAUAUAUUCGGUCGGAUUGGUCAUGUUGUAUCGGUGAUAUUGGAUUAGCUGUUCGGUCCCCGCCAUGUCCAUUUCCAGUCCCGGUAGAUCGACUGCAUAUGCUUUACCAUCAGUAUGAAAAUUACUCGACAAAGUAUUCACAUUCAAACAGCCAGUCGUCUGAAAUUCAUUCUUCAAAGAAGACUGAGGUCGACUUCCCAUUUGUAGACCGUUCACCUAAUGCUGCUAUACAAAAAGAAGCUCUAUUGGCAACUAAUAAUCGAAAUCGACUUCAUGAGUCUUGCAGUCAGAAUACAGGAUCUUCAGACAAAUGGAGUUGUAUUUUAGAGGAUGCUGUGGAUAAAUCUCGUUUUGAUAAAUUAGACCUUUUAAACUGGUGGCCAAUCGGAGGAAUUCAAAUUGGCACUCCUCGUUAUCUUGCUCCAGAGCUAUUGUCCAAAUCAAUCAAUCCAUUUUGCUUUGAAUCUUAUCAGAAAUCUGAUAUAUACGCGUUAUCUUUAAUUUUAUGGGAGAUUGUCAAUUGGGCAUUGCCUAAAUCUAUCUGGUCAGAUCAAGAUACCUUUGAUACAGCUCACCUGAUGACCGGUUGUUCAUCAUCCAAGAGACAGUCAUCAGCUGAUUCAAUGAGUUUAACUAAUUCUAAUUCAUCACUUAUAUCUAAAUCACAAAAUGAUAGAUAUUCAUCAGUUUACUUACCAGUUUAUCAGAAUGAAUGGUUAAAACUAUUAAAGUGUACACGAAAUUCUAGUGAUGCGGUUGACAUACUGAAAUCAUUAUCAUCAUCAUCUUCAGAUUUGCUACACUGCCCACUAAUACAAUCUUUUAUCUGUCCUGAUUCAGUUCUAAGUACAUCUGAUGGAUACACGGGUAAAGUUGACGCAUCAAAUUAUUUAGUGGAAAAGAUUCUAGUGAAUGAACAAAUAAAAAAUAUGGAACCAGAUCUACAGACAAUGUAUCAUUUAGUGUGUGAACAACAAGUGAGACCUCGUUUACCCUCAUCAGUAUCAUCGUCGUCAUUUCCAAUGAAAAUAGCUGAUACAAUACUACCUAUUGAUUAUUACCCACAAUAUAUUCAAUCGCUUGGUCAAAACAUGAAUACACAUGUUGUACAGUUACACACUGACAAUACUACUACUACUACUAAUAAUAAUAAUACCAAUAAUAUGGAUGCUAUUUGUGUAAAUAAAGCACUAACUUCUGCUGUUUGUCGUGAAUGCUCUUCAUCUGGUGCAUCAUCACUACAAAGUCAUCACACCAAUCAUGACAGUGACAAUAAACGAUUAACUAAUCAAAGUCAAUUAAUGAAAAUUAUGAAAUUACAAUGUUUAAUUGCUAAUCAAUUUGCCACUCUAUUACCAGAAUGUUGGGCAAGUGAACCAGACUCGCGUUUAUCAGCCCUGAGAAUAAAAAAGCGUGUACAGCAUAUUUAUGAAUUAGUAGAUGAUUUAGUCAAUAAACCACCAGUGUACACUGAAAUGACUGUGAAUAUUGAAGGUGAAAAUCCUCAGUGUAUUAUAGACAAUCUAAAGAAGUGUACAAAUGACUCGUCAACACCUGUAAAUACUACAUGAAAUAUAUGUAGAAUGUUUUUUCGUUUUGUUUGUUUUGUAAUGCUUUUUAUGUUGUUGUGUUUUCUUUCAAUGUUCCUCUUUUAUUAUUCCCGUUCAGAUUGACUUUUCUUUGUUUGUUUCAUAUUUAUACGCUUUUAUAGGAGAAUUUUUAGAAAACACUCCCUUUUUUCUCUAUUGUACAGUUGUUAUUCAAUGUUAUUAUCACUUGACAUCUUGUUCUUAAUUCUCCUUUGAAUUAAGUUUCAGGCAUAAUGUAGAUAGAUGUAAUUUAAUCCUUUAACGUAUCACUUAUUCUUACACUUCUAUUGGUAUAUAUAUUCUCAGAAUGUUUUAGCGCAGCAUAUAUGUACAAAUGUUGUAUUGUUAUUCUUUGUUCUUAUCUAAUAAUAAUAAUAAUGAUAAUAGUAAUAAUAAUAGUAGGGGAUUAUAUCACAUGUAAGUCAAUAUUAAUCCUCUUCAACUGUGGCUGUAUUGUUUUAAUUUUCUUUAGCUUUUCAAUUCCCGUAACAACUUUAUUAUUUUUUUGUUGUUGAAAAAAACCAUGUGGUUCGGUAACAUUUUACUGUUGUCUAGGCAAUUUUGUGUUUUUGUAACAGAAUUAAAUAAUAAUAAUACUGAUAAUAAGCAUAAGAAAUCAGCUGUUGG